UUUUCCCAACCCCCCCUCCCGUCCUUGAGACACGACUGUGCUGGUUGUGCCAUCUACAGAUCUAAGCUUGUUCACUGCAGCUGUCUGAUGCCUUCCGCGAAGCCUUUCCUAGUUUCGCUGUCGGCUGUGCUGUGCGUGCGCCGGGCACACGCCGCUUGAUUUGUGGCGUAAAUAAAUAAAUAUAUGUAUUCAUUUGAAUGCACUUACAUGGUGCUUAUACCACUUUGGGGCGCAAUGGGCCGUUCUUCCUUAUUAAAUUACCGCGGUUCGUCUCGCGCCGUUCUGGAUUCGUCAUAAAUAUAACAUUUUGAAGCACUCGCUUAUUUGGAUACACUAGGACUAGAAAGCACCGAUGGAGGUAUAGGCGAAGACGCAUUCUGUCUGGAUUCUAUCGUCUUGCUCGCUAAACGCGUUGGAAUUUUUUUUGCGCCUGGAGCACACCAGAGAGAUCUUUUCCAACUCAACUUGAGAGGAAACUAUACAAGUCUUGUGUUGCGAAAGCUACAGCUGCCGCUUUGCUCGCAGUGCGGGUUGCCCCGCCGUUCGCAAUUUCCUCAAGGAGCCGGGAAAGGAUGCGCGUUGUUGGUUCGUUUUUUUGGCAUUUUUUUCUCUUUUGGAAUUAGAAGACGAUGCCCUGGAACGAUAAUGGAGUAAAAGCGAGCACCGAUAAUCCUGCAGUUAAUUGCAAACAAUGGAUACACGUCCGAUUAAUAAGGUAAAAUAGUGACCCCAAUGAGGUGGAAUACUUCCAGAUCACCUGACAGGAAUAGAAGUGACCUUGCGUGUCCAUCAGCAAGAGGAGAAAGGGAGGUUCGUCUGAUUGUCUGUAGCCAAUAAGGGAGCGGGAGAGGUGCCGCCGCACUGUGAGGUCACAGCUCGUGACAGUAUGACCCCGUACUGUAGCCUGUAGAAGACUACGAGGAUGGCAAGCUGACCUGAACGGGCUCUUUCCUUACCGCUACAGUCUUGCUCGAUUGGUUGCGUGACCCAGUCUGGAGGCUUGCGGACACGUGUGAAAUUGGCCCCUGUCUGUGAGGGGGGGGCCCUAUGGCAGAAACCCGCACUAUAUAGGUUCCUGUCCCUGAGCUACAAUGGACAAAGUGCUCUGCAGCCUCCUGCUCUUGGUAACCACGGUGACGAUGGCCCGCGCAUGCCCCAAGUACUGUGUCUGCCAGAACCUGUCGGAGUCGCUGGGCACGCUCUGCCCCUCCAAGGGCCUGCUGUUCGUGCCGCCGGACAUCGACCGGCGGACGGUGGAGCUGCGGCUGGGCGGGAACUACAUCAUCAAGGUCACGCAGCAGGACUUCGCCAACAUGACGGGCCUGGUGGACCUGACGCUGUCGCGCAACACCAUCAGCUCCAUCCAGCCCUUCUCCUUCAUCGACCUGGAGACGCUGCGCUCGCUCCACCUGGACAGCAACCGGCUGACGGAGAUCGGCGCCGACGACCUCCGGGGCCUGGUCAACCUGCAGCACCUCAUCCUCAACAACAACCAGCUGAGCCACAUCUCCCGGGAGGCCUUCGACGACCUGAUGCUGACCCUGGAGGACCUGGACCUGUCCUACAACAACCUGCGCGGCGUGCCCUGGGACUCCAUACGCAAGAUGGUCAACCUGCAUCAGCUCAGCCUGGACCACAACCUCAUAGACCACAUCUCGGAGGGCACCUUCGCGGACCUGGACAAGCUGGCCCGCCUGGAUCUCACGUCCAACCGGCUCCAGAAGCUUCCCCCCGACCCCAUCUUCGCCCGCUCCCAGAACAGCGUGGUGCUGACCACGCCGUACGCCCCGCAGCUGUCCCUCAGCUUCGGCGGCAACCCGCUGCACUGCAACUGCGAGGUGCUGUGGCUGCGGCGGCUGGACCGCGAGGACGACAUGGAGACCUGCGCCUCCCCUCCCGGCCUGAAGGGGCGCUACUUCUGGUACGUGCGGGAGGACGAGUUCGUGUGCGAGCCGCCGCUCAUCACGCAGCACACUCACAAGCUGCUGGUGCUGGAGGGCCAGACCGCCAGCCUGCGCUGCAAGGCCGUCGGCGACCCCGUGCCGGUCAUCCACUGGGUCGCCCCCGACGACCGGCUGAUCGGCAACUCCUCGCGGGCCACCGUGUACGAGAACGGCACGCUGGACAUCCUCAUCACCACGUCCAAGGACUACGGCAUCUUCACCUGCAUCGCGGCCAACGCCGCCGGCGAGUCCACCGCCUCCAUCGAGCUGUCCAUCAUACAGCUCCCGCACCUCAGCAACGGCACGGGCCGCGCCUCGCAGCCCAAGUCCCGCCUCUCCGACAUCACCAGCUCCACCAAGACCAACAAGGUGGAGCCCAAGGCUCCGCCCGAGCGGGUGGUGUCGGUGUCGGAGGUGACCGCCGUCUCCGCUCUCGUCAAGUGGUCGGUCAGCAAGGCCACGCCGAAGGUGAAGAUGUACCAGCUCCAGUACAACUGCUCCGACGACGAAGUGCUCAUAUACAGGAUGAUCCCGGCGUCCAGCAGGGCCUUCCUGGUGACCAACCUGGUGUCGGGGGUCCAGUACGACCUGUGCGUCCUGGCCAUCUGGGACGACACGGCCACCACGCUGACGGCCACCAACGUGGUGGGCUGCGCCCAGUUCGUCACCCGCGACGACUACCCGCAGUGCCAGUCGCUGCACAGCCACUUCCUGGGCGGCACCAUGAUCCUGGUGAUCGGCGGCGUCAUCGUGGCGACGCUGCUGGUGUUCAUCGUCAUCCUGAUGGUGCGGUACAAGGUGUGCAGCAGCUCGCAGUCCGGCAAGCUGCCGGCGGUCAGCAACACCUACUCGCAGACCAACGGCGGGCAGGCGGGCCGCAACGGCGUGCCUCCGCCCGCCAAAGCCGCCGCCGCCGCCACCGCCAGCGCCAAGGUGGUGGUGGUGAGGGACGAGCUGGUGGAGUUCAAGUGCGGCUCGCUGCAGAGCAGCCUGUCCUCGUCGUCCGGCUCGCUGGGUUGCCGCGACGGCGACAGCUACAGCCUGCGCAGCGAGAGUGGCGGCCUGUCGGCCAGCCGCUGGCGGCCCGGCCCCGCGUCCCGGGCCAGGCCCAACCUCAACCACCUGCUGGGGGCCUUCGUCUCGCUGGAGCUGCGGGGCCAGGGGCGGGACCCGGGGCCCUCGGGGGCCUCCGGCACCAGGGCCUCGGCGGCGUCGGCGGCCGCGGCGCCGUCCGACAAGGAGCCGCUGCUGGGCCGCACGGACUCACGGCUGAGCCGGCUGCUGGCGCUGCCGCUGGAGGGCAAGCCCAAGAGGAGCCAGUCCUUCGACAUGGGCGACUUCACCGGCACGCAGUGCUGCUCCUACCCGCCGCGGAUCAGCAGCAUCUGGACUAAGAGGAGCCUGUCCGUCAACGGGAUGCUCCUGCAGUGCGAGGAGGCCGGCCUGGAGGGGAGCAAGGCCACCUUCGACAGCUCCGAGUGGGUCAUGGAGAGCACCGUUUGAGGCGGGACGUGGGGGGUUGCGUUUGGGGCGGGAGGGCUGGUAUAUGCGGGGACACGUGGAGCGGAGACGAGGGACAAGAGAUACGUUGGAGAAAAAAAAAAUUAUGUAAAAAAAAAAAAGAAAACGAAAACACAAGAAACAAAAAAAGGAAUACUUUUGCGCGGAGGACGCCUACUUUGUGGCGCUCGCUCCUGCGCUGCAUGAAGUUCGUCCAUGUGAAUACCGUCGUCCUUCCGUCGUGUGAAACAGACUCCCGCGGCCAAAGCAGUCGCGUCAGGGGGGGGCGGUGGCCUCUGCGCUGGGGAUUACGCUGACCUGCCUUGGAGCGCGUGCGUGGGUGUGCGUGUGCGCGUGGGCGUGGCCGCGCGCGAGUCAGAGCUGCCGGACGGGCCCGCACGUACGCGUCCGACGGGACAAAUCGAACAUGGCGUGGGGGGGGGCGCUGUGGAACGA